AUGAACGGCUACGGCUCGCCGUACUUGUACAUGGGCGGCCCGGUGGCUCAGCCAGCCCGGGCGCCCCUGCAGCGGACGCCCAAGUGCGCGCGCUGCCGCAACCACGGCGUGCUGUCGUGGCUGAAGGGCCACAAGCGCUACUGCCGCUUCAAGGACUGCACGUGCGAGAAGUGCAUCCUCAUCAUCGAGCGGCAGCGCGUCAUGGCCGCCCAGGUGGCGCUGCGCCGCCAGCAGGCCAACGAGAGCCUCGAGAGCCUCAUCCCCGACUCCUUGCGCGCCCUGCCCGCCGGAGCCCCGCCGCCCGCCUCGGCCGCCGCCACGCCGCCGGCGCACCCCGGAGCCGGACCACCCGGCGGCGCCCCGCAUCGCCCGCCCAUGGAACUGGCCGCCGCCGCCGCCCUGCGAUGGGCUUCCGAGCAGCCCGCCGCGGUCCUGCCGCCGCAGCUGUCCAAAGCAGACAUGACUGAAGAGCGAUUGGGUGAUAUCAGCGGAGCCGACAGUGCUGAGACCUACAGUGACAAAGACACAGACCAAAGGAGUUCCCCUGACGUGACAAAGGCCAAGAGCAGCUUCGCUCCUGAGAGCCCUGAAAUUGUUUCGGUCGACGAAGGUGGCUAUGCGGUCCAGAAAAACAGCGGAAGCACAGACAGCCGACCUGAGAGCCCCAAGUACCAACCAGAGCAGAAUCACCUCCUGAUUGAAGGUCCAUCAGGGACAGUUUCUCUUCCUUUCGGCUUGAAAGCCAACCGCCCCCCCCUUGAAGUGCUAAAGAAAAUCUUUCCCAACCAAAAGCCAACUGUGCUUGAAUUAAUCCUGAAAGGCUGUGGGGGCGACCUGGUGAGUGCUGUUGAGGUCCUUCUGUCGAGCAGGUCCUCCAUAGCUGGUGGGGACAGAACUUCUGCAGAAUCAGAAGGUCUGGUUUUGCCUUCAAAUGGGCACCUCUUUGAACAUACUCUGAGUUCGUAUCCCAUUUCUUCCUCAAAGUGGUCUGUAGGCUCUGCCUUUAGAGUCCCAGACACACUGAGGUUUUCUGCUGAUACUAGCAAUGUUGUUCCAAAUCCACUGGCAGUUCCCUUGCAGCAUCCAUUCCCACAGCCACCCCGAUAUCCCCUUAUGUUGAGGAAUACUUUGGCCAGAAACCAGUCCAGUCCAUUUCUACCCAAUGAUGUUACUUUGUGGAACACCAUGACGCUCCAGCAGCAGUACCAGCUGAGGUCUCAGUAUGUCAGCCCUUUCUCCACUAACUCAACCAGCGUCUUCCGAAGUUCUCCUGUCCUUCCUACACGCCCGUCGGAAGAUCCUAGGAUCUCAAUCCCUGAUGAUGGAUGUCCAGUUGUGUCAAAACAACCUAUUUAUGCAGAAGAUGACUAUGAUGAAAGAUCUGACUCUUCAGACUCUAGAAUACUAAACACAUCUUCCUAG